GUUUGUCUUACUUUAUAACAUAUUUUCAUUGUUUGUGUACUAGACGACAUUAAGAGCAGCAGUCAUGUUCAAAUCUUUGUGCCUCGUUCUUGCAUUAGCUGUGGCGGCUUAUGCGCUCCCACACGGUUUUCUCCAAGGAGAUGUUGGAGCCGGUGGACAACCCGGUCAUGGAUUCCCUGAAGGCCAUGUUCAAGGGGGUGCUGGAGCCGGUGCUUUCCCCGGUCAAGGUGUUGUCCCACAAGGCUAUGCUCAAGGAGGUGCUGGAGGUAGAUCCGGUCAUGGAGCAGGUUUUGAAGCCCAAGCUGGAGUUGAUGGUGUAGGUCAUGCUGACGUCGGUGCUUACGCACAUGGUAAUCACCAACAUGGUAAUCACCAACAUGGAUACAAGGAGCACGGAUACUAGAAGUUGUACAAUGACAUGAAUAUGAAUAAACAUAUUAUUGCAUA